UUUGUUGGAGAAGGAUGGCCCGAAACAAGGCGCUUAUAGCCGACUUAUUCUCGUCUGCAUUAGGUUUAGUUUUCUGUUGUAUUGCCACUGUAACACCUGGCUUCUUCAUUAAUCAGGAAAGAAGGGAGAGCAUCUUUUAUUGUCAUUAUAAGGAAUAUGGAUCGGAUUCAUGGUCAACAAAUACUUAUGUAGCCUAUGAUAAGGAGCACGAUACGAAUGGAUACAGUCAGCUCUCAAUGUUAGGUUUGCAGUUGGAAAGCCUUAUAACUGUUGUCCUUGGUGGAUUCGGUUGGUUGAUCCUUUUGUCGAAUAUCAUGAAAAAAGCGCCAAUUCCAUCGAUGUUUUUGACUGGGGGAAUAUUUCUACUAGUGGCAGCAGUGUCAGAGUUUGCAGUCCUGGUUAUAUGUAUAUCUGUUAAUCUUAGAGAAAUUGCUUAUGUAUCAAACCCCAGAAAUAGUCACUAUAACUUAGAAGAUUUGAGCGUCGAGGUUCCGUACUCCCUUAUUCUUGCUGGCUUUGGUAUCAUUUUAAUUCUAAUUGCUGUGGUGAGGAUUUUUAUUCGCAAUAAGAGAUACCAAUUAAGCACCGAAAUUCAUCAUGAAAUGUCAUUUGAACCGAGGAGUAACAUCAGGGAAUUCAUCAUCGUUUCUCAGCACCUGAGGGGUGAAGACGAGAGAUGCAUCACAGAAGACAGGGUUUAAGGAUAAAUAACAAAAAAAAAUAUUUUUCAGAAAUUAGCAACAUUUUGCAUAGAUUAAUAUUCAAAUAGGUACAUGUAACCUAGGUUAACUAAGUCAUAUUUUCUAGGAAAGAGAGAGAAUUUGGUAAUAUUUUGUCACAAUGACAAAAUAUGCGCAAAAUUUGGUAUAGAAUUACACAGAAAACGAUACAAGGUCGCAUAUCAAUGCACUAAAGAAAACUUAUGAUUUCUUUAGACAUGUAGUUUUGGUAUUUAUUAUUAUUUAAUUUUUAUUCAGAAUCAGUCAAAAAUUUAGACCGAUCCAUGCAUCAAUUUUUUACUUGUGUUAUUAUCCUUAAAGCUAAGCGUCAAACAUCACUUUAAUAUAUAAAGUUCUACCUUUAAAAAAGAAUUUCCCACGGUGGGAUUCGAACCCGCGACGUUAGGAUCAACUCUAUACUUUGCGGCUCUAGAGCAGACGCUUAACCACUGCACCACAAGGAAUAAAAAAGAAAAUAUUCAGUGGACGUAAAUAUAUUUAUAUCACUAUACAUGUACAUGUAUCAUCGAUCAAUUUAUCACAGUACCAUGUUUCACUUAUAAUUAUGUUUGGCAAUCACAUCUCGAGGCAUUGACUUUUUGAUGUGCCAUAUUUUUGCUAUAUACUUCAUGUUUUUAUUUUUUUUGCAUAUUUUGUUUUAAAUUGAGGGGAUCAGCAUAUUGAUCUGUAUUGUGUCAAUACUUUUUGGUCUGAUCCCCUAUCAUGGUAUGUGUAUUAUUUUCUUCUUAUUUUAGCAUUUUUAUUACUAUAUUUCAUCUCCACAUUGGAGUUGAUUUCAUUGUUUAUUUAUCAGCAAAACGCUGCAUUUCAUUUCCGGAAAUAUGCAUAGCAUAUAUUUCCGACAUUUUUUUUUUAUUUCCGUAUUUUACCUGUGCGGCAUUUCAAUGUUUUCUAAGUAACAAAAAAUAGAAUUUGAAAACUAUUUAUACCAAAAUAUUAAUAUAACAGAUAAUAAAAAACAUCAUAUAUGCAUAUAUGAAGUACUAAGUCUGGGUAAAAAAGCAUAAAACUUUUUCUCCACAUUUAAAGUGCACUAAAUUAAAUGUCAGUGACAGCACCAUACUUAUUUCCAAGUCACUGAUAGAUUUACAAAAUUGGAUUUCAAUGAUUUAAAUAUCAUUUAUUCCUUUAAAUUUUUCAUAAGUAUUUUCUCAAAUCUGUUAUUAUAGGUACUACAUAUAUAUUUGAAAAAUGUCGGAAAUGAAAACAAACAAAUUUCGGAAAUGAAAACAAAAAGAAAGUCGGAAAUGAAAAGUUGAUAAUUACCAAAAAUUCCGAAAAUGAAAUGCAGCCCAGCAAACAUAGAGUUGUCGUGAAAUUGUGUUGCUUAAGAAAACUUAAAGAUCAGUAAAGUGAUGCAAGAUUUAGUGGGUUUUUAAAAUAUUUUUACAGCAUAUUUUUUUCAAAUGAUUGUUUAUUUGA